AUGAGCAAACCUGGAUUAGGUCUUAAUUCAUUUCAUUUGGUUUUUAUCGAAAAAUCAUAUGGAGACAUCGAUGAAGGAAAUUAUCAAAGAAUCUAUUCUGAUAAAACUAUUCUCGAGAACAGAGUAAAAUUUAAUGAAGAAAUCAUGAUAUGCUUUUUUCAUUAAAAAGAAAAAGUUACUUAAAUUCUAGAUAACAAAAAGAAAACUGUUAAGGAAUGCUUAAAAUGA